CUCCAGAGUCCAGACAAUCUCCAUCUCCACCUCCACCUCCAUCCCAUCUACACCUCCAUCUUCAUCUUCAUCUUCAUCCACUCCAUUAUAUAAGUUUCGCUUCAUGUCGUGUUCGCUCUCGAUGCUCUAAAAAUUGUAAUUACGCAACAUUUUCAUAUUACAUAAUUCCGUCAAUCACCUAGAUACCCGGCUCAGAGUCCGAUCAAUGAGUCACGAAAGUGCGGAACAAUCGGCUUCACUGGCCCCCAUGUCUUUCUAUCAUCAACUUAAUAGCAAUGUCGCCAGCAUCCGCACUCGCAGCAUCCACUACUCAUAGUUGACAUGUGUCUAACACCCAGCAUCAUAGCAUAACUCUCCAAACUAUUCACCACCCCAAUAAUGUCCAAGAGUCCAGUUGCCAGUCCCGCAUCUCCGCUUGAAGAAGACGAUACUUCAUCCACUCUCACUCUUCCAGAUGGCCGAAAACUAGGCUAUGCGCAGUUUGGCUCGCCGACAGGACGACCUGUCAUUCUCCUCCACGGCUUGGCCUGUUCUCGCUUCGAUGCUGCCUACUUCCACGAGGUAGGUCAGCAACUCGACGCCCGCGUGAUAGGUGUAGACAGACCUGGGAUGGGAUGGAGCUCAGCCCAUCCAACCCGCACGCUGCUUGAUUUUGUCGAGGAUGUAGAACAUCUUAUAGAGCAUCUAAAGUUAGAUGAUUGUAGCGUAAUAGGGGUGUCAGGAGGCGGUCCAUCCGCCCUGGCGUGCGCUAAAGUGUUACCACCUACGAAGCUCAAAGCCGUGGCCAUCAUUGUCGGCCUUGGUCCACCGGACAUCGGCAUGAGUGGUGCCAGGCUCGUCAACCGCAUCGGUUUCCCGUAUGGGUUCCGCUACUGUCCCCCAUUUUUGAACCGGUGGUUCUGGCAGCAAGACUACAUCGGCCGUGUGGAUUUGAGCGACGAGGAGCGACUGGAGAUGGCGCUCCGGCAGUUCGAGAAGUCCAAGUCGAAAAUGCCAGCGAAGGACCUGGCCGUAAUGAGCGAUCAUGAUUUCUAUCGGCUGCCUCUACGGUCGACGAGGGAGGGCUUUGCACAGGGUUUUGAUGGGGUCUUGCUGGACGGGAAGCUAUGCUGUCUUGAUUUUGGCUUCAAAGUAGAGGAUAUCAGGCCGGAUUUGCCGGUGCACCUGUGGUAUGGGAAGCAAGAUGUUUUUGUUCCGGCAAACCAUGGGGUGCAGCUAGAAAAGCGGCUGGGAAGUAGAGCGCAUCUUAGACUCGUGGAUGAGACACAUGUGAGUCUUCUGGUAAAUCGGAAGAAGGAGAUAUUAGAGAACCUGAUCAAGGCUAUGUAAAGCCUGAACAGGGAUGUAUAUUAAUCACGGAGGACUCGCAUCUCAGCAUUAGCAGUUAAGUCAGCAUAUUUCUCAACCCAGCUCGUCUAUACUCA